CACAUGCGCGCAUGGCCUGGACGGACUUCUCCGUCAACGGACAAUUGAAGUCAUCGCCACGGCUCGUUCCGUCGCAUCUCCGACCGUACUCGCUCACUACCCAACCUCGCUGCUCUUUGCCGCAAGGCACUGCCGAAAAGCCUGUGAGGAUGCGGUCGCGCUCUAUCGACUCCUACGGUCGUCCCAUCGCUUGACACCUAAGCGAAGGCCAUGGCUCUGCCUCAGACUCAUGAUGGGACAAAGACUUAAUCCCACGGGAACAACCCCUCACGUCGAGUGCACCCAUGUACUCUCCGCGCUACUGACCCUGUGCUCGGCGAACAUGGUAAUCGCAAUGACCCCAUGGGCCGGUGCAAAGCUUCAGCAGAGGUGCCUCGCUGCCUUCGGCCUUCGGCCUACCCACUCUCCACACACAACACGCAAGAGAUAUGCCCGCAGACGAUAGAGGGCAGGUAUAAAAAGUCCUUCUUUGUGUUCGCGCGUGCACCCCCCAUGGCGCUUGCUACCUCCGCUGCUUUCAUGUAUCUGCCCAUCCCUUUCGUCAUGGCUGCGCGCCCACCUCGAGCGGUCCGCGUCCUCCUCUUUGCGGCCCAGGUAAUGUGCGCUAACUGGGCGACCACAACGCUUGCCGCGUUGGACGACACCUUCAUCACGAAUGUGAUGGGGUGCAUGCUCUACGGGAUGCCGAUAUUCAUGGCUAGCGACUAUUACUUCCUGACCGAUCCUCUGUCCGAUGGCACGCGACACCUAUAUGAUAAGCAGGCGGCGAAGGAUAUGCCCUUUCUGCAGCGCUUAUGGUGGUCGCUGUGCUUCUUCUUAUCACUACGUGGUGUAGGCUGGAAUAAGCCAGUCCCCCACCUUCGGAAAAUCCCCAGAGACCAGACCAGAGCCUCCUACCUCGUCGAGCACUCGUUUUGGCUGGGAAUCUACGUCGUUGUCUCCGAUUUUGCCAAUUGGUACUUCAGCCACAAUCCCAUCACGUCGUCCCGCGUCGCCGAGGGAUUUCCCCUCACGUCGCAGGGACCGAUAUUCCAGGCGCUCAGCUCGUGUGUCUUCUGGAGCAACGCGUGGGCGGGGUUCAACAUAUGUUACGAACUGUUCGCUCUUAUGGCCGUUGGGUUGGGCCUCUGGGAGCCUCAGGCGUGGCCGCCGAUGUUUGGUAGCAUCGGGGACUUGUCCACGGUCAGGCGGACAUGGGGUCGCUUUUGGCACUGCAUACUGAGGAGGUUCAUUGUCUCUCAUGGCAAGUGGGUCGCCAAAGCAAUCGGCGCGAAGCCGGGCACCAAGGCCUCCUCGUACGCCCAGCUCUACACGGCUUUUUUCAUCUCCGGAAUCAUACACGAAGCGGGCGCUCGCCAUCUAAAUACCACGUUCGGCAGAUGUAUGUGCUUCUUCAUGCUGCAGGCUAUCUGUGACGCCUCGGCCUUAGCCGACGCCACGUGCUCUACCUUCACCUCUCGCGGGGGUAUUUUCCUUUGGAGUUCCUUGAGGUUCUCCUGGUUUCUAAUGACUCGUAUAUAUACUCCGUGA